GACAGAAUUAACCAACAUCUACUCAAAAUGUGUGUGAAAUCAUUACAAGACCAUCAUGAACACCCAUGUGAAAAACUCUUUGAAGCAACUAUUUCGCAUCCAAACCACAAGAUUGGUAAACUGUCUGUUUCCAACAAAACACGAGGCGAAUUGCAAUUUAAGGAACAACGAACGUUUAACGCGUACGUCUCUCGGACUCGUGCAACCCAAUCGAUACCUACCUAA